GUAAAGGGGUGAUGGUCGAGAUUCGGCUUUUGGGGUUGGAUUAAUCAACAGGAGAGUUUAUUCUCCGAGAAGAAGUCAAAAAGCAACAGGUUUGCCCCGACACCAUGGAGCCGCUUCUGUAUUUAGGCAGUCUGGCCGUUAUCUUCCUGCUGUGGAUCAAAGUGAAAGGCUUAGAUUAUGUGAUCGUUCACCAGAGGUGGAUAUUUGUGUGCCUGUUCCUGCUGCCGCUCUCCGUCCUGUUCGAUGUGUAUUACUACAUGAGGGCAUGGAUCAUCUUCAAGAUGUGCUCUGCGCCCAAAAAGCACGACCAGCGCGUGCGUGAUAUCCAGCGACAGGUGCGUGAGUGGAAAAAAGAGGGAAGUAAGACCCGGAUGUGUACUGGCCGGCCAGGCUGGCUCACCGUGUCUCUGAGAGUGGGAAAAUACAAGAAAACCCACAAGAACAUCAUGAUCAAUCUGAUGGACAUUCUGGAAGUAGACACAGAGAGACAGGUGGUGAGAGUUGAGCCACUGGCCAACAUGGGUCAAGUGACGGCUUGCCUUAACUCAGUCGGCUGGACCCUGCCGGUGCUGCCUGAGCUGGAUGACCUGACUGUGGGUGGUUUGGUGAUGGGCACAGGCAUCGAGUCGUCCUCCCAUAUUUACGGGCUGUUUCAGCACAUCUGUGUUGCAUAUGAGCUGGUUCUAGCUGAUGGCAGCUUGGUGCGAUGCACUGAGGAGGAGAACUCAGACCUGUUCCAUGCUGUCCCCUGGUCCUGCGGCACUCUUGGGUUCUUGGUUGCUGCGGAGAUUAAAAUAAUCCCGGCGAAGCCAUGGGUGAAGCUGCACUAUGAGCCGGUCAGAGGACUGGAGAACAUCUGCAGACGCUUCACUGAAGCAUCGGAGAACAAGCAGAACGCCUUUGUCGAGGGAAUCCAGUACAGUGAGAACACUGCUGUGAUCAUGACGGGAACCAUGACCGACCAUGCAGAGCCCGACAAGGUGAACAGAAUUGGCCUGCACUUUAAACCCUGGUUCUUCAAACACGUGGAGAGCUACCUGAACAAAGACCGCUCUGGGGUUGAGUACAUCCCUCUGAGGCAGUACUAUCACAGACACACUCGCAGCAUCUUCUGGGAGCUCCAGGAUAUCAUUCCCUUCGGGAACAACCCCAUCUUCCGCUGGCUGUUUGGGUGGAUGGUCCCCCCUAAGAUCUCACUCCUGAAGCUCACGCAGGGGGAAACCAUCAGACGACUCUACGAGCAGCACCACGUGGUCCAGGACGUGCUGGUACCCAUGAAGCACCUGGAGGCCUCCAUCACACGCAUGCACAAGGACAUGAAUGUUUACCCUCUGUGGCUGUGUCCAUUCCGGUUGCCACCAAGCAGAGGCAUGGUGCACCCCAAAGGCCAGGAAGAGGAGCUCUACGUGGAUAUUGGAGCUUAUGGCGAACCCAAAGUCAAACACUUUGAGGCUAAAGCGUCGACACGUCAGCUGGAGAAGUUUGUGCGAGAUGUGCAUGGGUUCCAGAUGCUGUAUGCAGAUGUGUACAUGGAACGAGAGGAGUUUUGGGAGAUGUUUGAUGGACAGCUGUACCACAGACUGAGAGAAGAACUGGGCUGUAAAGAGGCAUUCCCGGAGGUUUACGACAAAAUCUGUAAAUCUGCCAGACACUGACGCCCCCCACCCCCACCACCACCACCACCAUCAGCCCUGCGUCACAGACCCACCGAGGCACUGUCUGCCGCUUGGUGACAGAAAGCACACUUCAUUGGUAAUUUUGGAGAAAUUACGCCUCUGCAUUCAUCCCCAUCCAGUUUAUAGUUAACCUUAACUAAACACGCUGGAGCAGUGGAUUGCCUCGAUGCAGCACUGGGGAAGCAGCGGGGGUCAUUGUCGACCUAUCAGCAGCGGGAUUUGAACCUUCAAAGUCUGCUUCUCUAAAUCCUACACUACUACCUACAGCUACAAGUUUUUACAGUUCUCAGAAAAACAAACAAAAAAAACUAUAAUACUCUGAAGCAUUGUUCUGAAUGUUAUUGAAGGUAGAACUGAUAUUGUUUUCAUACACAAAUACUGUGAAGAGGGAGAAGAAAUAUUUUCACAUAAAUCUAUCCAUUUGUUUCAUGACAGCUUAUUUUUAACAUUGUGUUUCCAAUCUCCUGUGCUGCUUGACUCAAACCUCAUAAGGCCUUUUUAAAAUCAAACCAAAUAUUUGUUUGUUCUACAUUGUGUAACUUUUCUGCGGAUUUCAAUGCCGUUAUCUCAUUGUUCUCAAAGUGCCAUUGUGUUUGAACUCAAGAUCCCUAGGCUAGUCUUCAAACACAUUUUCAAAUAAUACUUUUGUGAUCAUGAAGAAGAAAAAAACUAUUUUUUUGAAACAUAUGACAACAAUUCUGAUGUUGAUCUGUGAUCU